AAAAUAAAUGUAAAAAAUGUUAAAAAAUUUUUUUAAAAAAGUUGUUCUGCUUGGUGCAACCAUACAUAUAACCAUAGAUAUAAAACUGUUUUGUAUCUGUUAUCUAUAUGUGCAACAUUUAAUAGCGUGGAAGAAGAAAGAGCGGACGUGACGUCAGAGUCCUACCUCCAAAACAACCCGGGUUGAGUUUGUCUUGUUAUGAAAGCUGCAGAGAGAAAUGUUGGAUAACUGCUGUUUCUCUUCCCUUUUACUACACCAUGUGGAGAGCUGAGGGACUUCUAGCCCGUCUAGUUUUUACCAGAAGACAUUUAAACUGAAAGAAAGUGUUUUUUUAUUGAUAUUAAAGGACAUAAAGACAGACAGUAGCAGCAUGGCGAAGCGGAGAGAGAGCGUAGAGACGGAGGCCCAUACAAAGAGACCGAAGCAGGUGAAGAAGAAGAGCAGCGGAGCUAAAGAGAGAGCCAAGAAGAAGAAAGACGCAGGUAAUGGCAUCAAAGAGGAAGAGGAGAAGCUUGAGAGGAAGGUCAAACCCAAACCACGUUCUUCCACAAAACGAGCAGCAGGGAAAGCCUCCUCCAAAUCACCCAAAACUGCCACUGCUGUCAAAACCAGUAAAUACUUCCUGUCGCCAGUGAAGGAGGAGCAGACUGACAGUGAAGAUGACUUUGACAUGGUGACCUCACCAGCACCUGUGGUUACGAUGAACGCCAUGAAAACAGCGAAAGAAGAAGAAGAGGAGGAGGAUAGUGAGGAAGACGAAGAUGACUGGGAGGAAGUUGAAGAGCUUUCUGGGCCGCUGGGUCCAGUUGAACCACCAGAACCAGUCCUGCCCUCUCAACCGGUUCAGAUAGAGAUUGAGACUCCAGAAGUCAGGAAAAAGCAGAAGAGGCAGGCGGAGUUUGAGACCUAUCUGAGGCGGAUGAUGAACCGAUACAAGAAGGACGUGCUGAUAGACACACACAAGGUCCACCUGAUGUGCCUGAUAGCCGGCGGGAUGUUCCGCAGCCGUCAGUGCAGUGAACCGGACCUGCUGGCCAUCACUCUGUCACUGCUGCCCGCCCACUACAGCAUGGUCGCCAAGGAACGCAUCGACCAAAACUACAUCUCUGGACUGCUCAAAUGGUUUAGAGCAACGUUCACCCUCAACUCCAGUCUUCCCUAUGAGGAGCGUCCGGACCCCCAGGCUCUGCUGGAGAGGCGGCUGGGCAGCCUGUCAGCCAGAAACCACCAGGAGAUGACUCAUCUGUUCCUGUUGGUCCUGAGGUCUCUGCAGCUGUUCUGCCGACUGGUUCUUUCUUUGCAGCCGAUUCCUCUCAAACCCCCGUCAGCCAAGGGCAAAGGGGCUAAAACAUCUACCGGUGCUCCAGGAAAGAGCAACACAAGUCUGGAAACCUCCGAGACCACCUCCCCUGAGCCGAAGGUCUCUCCCGGCACCAAGAGACCGGCCGGAGGGGGAAAGAUGAAGGGAGGCCGAGGAGGAAAGAAAGCAAAGACGAAAGACCUAAAGGAGGAUGAGGAGGUAAAGGAGAAGACUAUAACAUCAGGAGGUCAGAGGCCAAAGAACUCAAAACGCCGCAGCAUCGCCUCAAAAGUCAGCUACAAGGACGAAAGUAACAGCGAUGACGAAAAUGAGGAAGAGGGGCUUAGCGAUGAAGAGGACUUUCAGGCGACCAGUGAGGAAGACAGUGAGGAUUCAGAGGCAGGGGCUGAAUCCACAAAGGGGAGGAAGGGGAAAGGGAAGAGCAAAGCCAACAGCAAGAACACUGCAGCUCCGAAGAGAGGGAGUAGUGGAGGGAAAAAACAGGUAAAAGAUGAGGAUUUUGAGGAAGACGAUGAAGGAAAAGGAACGACGAGUAACAAAACAAAGCGAAGGAGUGGGAAAAAGAAGGAGGGACCUGGUGCAGACGAGUGGUUGGAGGUGUUUCUGGAGAAAACUUCAUCCUGGGUUUGCGUACAUGUGGAGUGCGGCGUCGGGAUGCCUCACCUCUGCUCCCGGAACGCAACGGCGCCGAUGACGUACGUGGUGUCGGUGGACGACGACGGCUUUGUGAAGGACCUGGGAAGGAAGUACGACCCCACCUGGUUGACGUCGUCCAGGAAGAGGCGGGUGGACGAAGAGUGGUGGGAGGAAACGCUGGAGCCGUUCCUGGGACCCGAGGACGAGAGGGACCGAAAGGAGGAUAAGGAGCUCCAGAGCAAGCUGAUGAACAAACCCCUGCCGAUCUCAAUAGCCGAGUAUAAGAACCACCCGCUCUACGCCUUAAAGAGACACAUGCUGAAAUAUGAAGCUAUCUACCCUUCAACAGCUGCUGUACUGGGGUACUGCAGGGGAGAGCCGGUGUACUCCAGGGAUUGUGUCCACACCCUCCACUCUAGAGACACUUGGCUGAAAGAGGCGCGGACUGUCCGACUAGGAGAGGAGCCUUUUAAGAUGGUGAGGGGCUUCUCUAAUCGUUCCCGUAAAGCCAGGAUGGCGUCUGAGCAGAAGGAACAGAACGACCUGGCUCUGUUUGGAGAAUGGCAGACUGAAGAGUACCAGCCGCCAAUAGCUGUGGAUGGGAAGGUUCCCCGAAACGACUACGGUAACGUCUACCUGUUUAAGCCCUGUAUGUUACCGGUGGGCUGUAUUCACCUCAGGCUGCCAAACCUGAACCGCGUGGCCAGGAAGCUGGAAAUGGACGCCGCCCCUGCUGUCACGGGCUUCGACUUCCAUGGAGGAUACUCGCACGCUGUGACUGAUGGUUACAUUGUGUGUGAGGAGCACGAGGAGAUUCUCAGAGCGGCCUGGGAGGAAGAACAAGAGCUUCAGAAACAGAAGGAGAAAGAGAAAAAAGAACAGCGGGUGAUCUCCAACUGGACUCUGCUGGUGAAGGGGCUCCUGAUCAGAGAGAGACUUAAACAGCGUUACGGAAAGAACAACCAGGGCCUUCUUAACGGAGAGGAGACUGGCGGGCUUUCGUCAGACGAGGAGGCGGUGGUUGAGGGUGGAAGUCCUUCGGCUAAGACGGCGUCUGAGACUCUGGCCAUGUCCUGGCCCCAGAACAGACAGGCAGAGGAGGACGGAGGGAGCAUCAGCGGACUGAAGAAGAAGAGGACGACAAAACGAGAAAAGAAAGGACAAGAGAAACACUUGUUCCCCUUUGAGAAAGUGUGAUCAAAAUCUACGCUCAAGUUUAGUUAAAUCAAGGUUCACUACACUCUGCUCUCAAGAAAGAACUUGACUGACUUCAAAGGACUGACAUCCUUUGAACGAAGGAUAAAGUGUGCCUCAGGUGAGACAAAUUUGGAAUACAUUUUUGCAAGUUUGGUCAACCCUGGAACCUUUGGCUCUAACAUUACAAGCAGGAGAGGAACUGAUCUGCAGAUCAAUGCGUUUCUUCCAUUGGUGAUAAUACAUGCAUUUAACCUGCUCUUACAUGCAUUUAACCUGCACUGUCUCCACCAUCACUGUGCACACUCCCAUUAGCUCAUGUACUCUAUUCUUAGCCUUUUAUAUGAGAGCUUAGUAGAAAUACAAUACAUGCCAUGGACUGUAUAUAUAGAUGGAUGACGCGUCUCCACAGAUUUUGACGUCAUUUGGAGCCAGAGUCUGUGCAGUAGUGAUC